AGCCGCCCCCACGUCACGAUCACGUCAUAAAGCUCCCCUUCCGUCCGCGCCGGCACGCACGCCGCCACCUCCGACGAGAACGAGCUCACCGCUGUCCACUGCUCCUCCCCACCACGCCGGCGGCAAAGCGGCCAUGCGUCCGCUCCCUCUCCUCCUCCUAAUCCUCGCCGCCGCCGCGUCGGCCCUGGCGAGGGCGCCGCCCCGCUUCCCGGUGCCGCACGCGCGGCCGCGGCGUGGGGUGGUGGGGGCCGAGGAAGCGGUGAGAGGGUACGACUACGAGACGCGCUACUUCCGGCAGCGGCUGGACCACUUCAGCUUCCUGGAGGAGGAGGGGGAGGAGGGGGAUGGGUUCUUCCAGCAGCGGUACCUGGUCGGCCGCGGCGGCGGGUGGGCCGGCGCCGGCGGGCCCAUCUUCUUCUACUGCGGCAACGAGGGGGACAUCGCCUGGUUCGCCGCCAACUCGGGCCUCGUGUGGGAGGCCGCCACGCGCUUCGCCGCUCUCGUCGUCUUCGCCGAGCAUCGGUACUACGGGGAGUCGAUGCCAUUCGGCAGCAAGGAUAAAGCUUACAACAAUUCCAAGUCCUUGGCGUAUCUCACAGCCGAGCAAGCGCUUGCUGAUUAUGCUGUACUGCUCACUGACCUCAAGAAGAACUUGUCAUCAGAAGGCAGCCCUGUCGUGCUCUUCGGGGGCUCAUACGGUGGAAUGCUCGCUGCUUGGAUGAGACUUAAAUACCCACAUAUUGCUGUUGGGGCUCUCGCGUCAUCAGCUCCAAUCCUUCAAUUUGAAGACGUUGUCCCUUCUACCAUAUUCUACGAUCUCGUGUCAAAUGAUUUCAAGAGGGAAAGUUUAAGCUGCUUUCAAACAAUAAAGGACUCUUGGAAAGCACUGGAUGCUCAAGGAAAUGGGCAAGAUGGUCUGCUGAAACUAAGCAAAACUUUCCAUCUAUGCAAGACUAUAAAAAACACUGGGGAACUUUCAGAUUGGUUGAGCUCAGCGUACAGUUACCUGGCCAUGGUGGAUUACCCAAUGCCAGCAGAUUUUAUGAUGCCUUUGCCUGGCAAUCCAAUAAAGGAAUUGUGUACAAAAAUUGACAAUCAACCUGAUGGAACCAGUAUUCUGGAGCGCAUAUAUGCAGGAGUAAAUGUAUACUACAACUACACUGGUACUGUUGACUGCUUUGAUCUAAAUGAUGAUCCGCAUGGAAUGGAUGGAUGGGACUGGCAGGCUUGUACCGAGAUGGUUAUGCCAAUGUCAUACAGUGAAGAUAGUAUGUUUCCAGCAGAUAAAUUCAACUACACUUCAUAUGAGAAGGAUUGCAUCAACAGCUUUGGUGUUGAACCAAGGCCUCAAUGGAUUACUACAGAGUUUGGUGGGCAUAAUAUUAGUCUAGUUCUGGAGAGAUUUGGUAGUAAUAUCAUAUUCUUCAAUGGGCUUCUGGAUCCUUGGAGUGGCGGAGGUGUCCUGAAGAAUAUAUCUGAGAGUGUUGUGGCCAUCAUCGCUCCAUUAGGAGCUCAUCACAUCGAUCUGCGCCCCGCGAGCAAGGACGACCCGGAUUGGCUUGUUAGGCUGAGAGAAUCAGAACUGGGCAUCAUAUCGGGCUGGCUCUCGGACUACUACGGUGCAAGAAGAGGGGCGCUCCUCCAGCGCGCCGCUCCCAUCCCAUGGACUCUUCUGCACCAUUCGUGACGAUGAUCGGCCGUGCGCUGCAACUCCCAACCAGACGCUGAUUUUCGCAGCUGCAUUUCCCGUGUCUAACCAAUAAUGUACCCAGUGCUGGUGCCUCGCUCGCUGGACGGCUGGAGUUCUCCAAGCUGGCCAUGAUGUCGCAGUAGUAGUAGUACUAGUACACCGUUGGUAAGGUAGGAGCAGAAGCUUUCACCAGUUGUUCAUGGACUGUUGCUGCCAACAGACUGGGAAGCUAAAAAAUUCAUUAGUGGUAAGUGUGACUGUAAACCCCUCCGUUUCCCAGUUUCCACAGCUGUGGCUAUCACUGUGGCCGUCAAAGUCAAGGGCACAAGUUUGGUGGGGCCCACAUAAAAAACCAGACCACCCCACCACCCA